AUGUCGUCGUUUUCUAUUGAAGUUCAAGGGAAGAAGUUUGAUACUGAGGCAGAUAUCAGACCCUAUUUGGAGAAGCUGGAUCAGCUUGAAAAUAUCAGGGAAGUAAAUUUUACUGGUAACUCUUAUGGUAAAGGAGCUUGUGAAGCCCUCGCUAAGAGCCUUGCAUCCAAAAAAGACCUGGAGGUCGCUAAUUUAUCUGAUAUUUUUACUGGUAGAAUCCGAAGUGAAAUCCCUGAUUCCCUGGAUGAUAUCCUUGUUGCAUUGUUGAACUGCCCAAAGUUACAUACCAUUGAUCUCUCCGAUAACGCAUUUGGCAUUGCCACUAUCGAUCCUUUGGAAUCAUUCUUAGCUAAACACAGUCCUUUGGAGCAUUUACUUUUAUCGAAUAAUGGAUUUGGCCCAUUGGCUGGAUCUAGAGUCGCCAAUGCAUUGGAAAAGCUUGCUGAGGUGAAAAAAGCCAACGGCAGCCCUACCCUGAAGACUGUUUUGUGUGGUCGUAACCGUUUGGAAAACGGUUCUAUGGAGGCUUGGGCAUCAUUCCUAGCUGCACAUGGAUCUAUCCAAGAAAUACGAUUAUAUCAGAAUGGUAUUCGUCAGGAAGGUUUAGAGCAUUUGUUUUUGAAUGGACUCGCUAAGUCUCCAGAAUUAGAAAAGCUCGAUCUACAGGAUAACACUUUGACUGAAAGAGGCGCUCGUGCACUUAGUAAAGUUUUCCACAAUUGGAAAAAACUCAAAGAGUUAGGUAUUAGCGACUGUUUACUGUCAGCUCGUGGCGGUGAAAUUUUUGCUCAGACCAUCGUUGAUGGCGAAGAGCUCCCCAAUUUAGAGAUUUUGAAACUCCAAUACAAUGAAAUCGAAUCCAAUGGUAUUAAUUUGCUCAGUGAAGCAAUUGCCAAGAAGUUGCCCAAUCUGAAGACUCUUGAAAUUAAUGGUAACAGAUUUUCUGAGGAUCAUGAGGCUGUUGAUAGCAUCACUAAAAUUUUUGAAGACCGUGGAUUUGGUGAAAUUGAUGAGUUGGACGACAUGGAAGAGCUUACAGAUGAUGAAGAUGAGGAAGAAGAUGAGAAUGAGAGUGGUUUCGAGGAUAUUGUCAAGGAUGCAGAAGAAGAAGAGGAAGAAAACGUUGCCCCUGAAAAGAGCGACGAAGUCGAUGACCUUGCCGCCAAGAUCGAAAAGACGACUAUCUAA